CGUCCAUGGCGUCCCGGACCGCCGCUCCUGCGGGACGCGCGAAGCGCAGGGCGCAUGCCCCGGGCGGUUUAUUAUCUUCUUUCUGUUCAAGUGCCAUUUCGUUGCAUGCAGUGCAGUCUAUAAAACAGAAUGCGUUCCCCGCGGGUCUCGAGUUUCCUAUCACUUAUCGUCAUUCGUAGCGUAUAAACAUAACAGCACGCGGUCAUUAGCUCGAUUCAUAUUGUGUUUACGUAUCCGUUCUGACACAUGGGAGCGCGGCCGGAGCGCGGCUAAAAUCGCGUCCGCUUCCAUCGUCCACGGCGAUCGUAAAAGACGAGCCCGGAUAUCCGUUCGUGGCGUCCCCCAGGCGUCAUCUAGAAUAUCCGAUCCGGGAUCUCGCUGACGAGCGGCCGCGCAAAAAUGUCAUCCAGCUACGCGGACGGGUUAUCACCGUACGAAAACAAAGGAGUGUUGGGCCUGGAGGAGAGAUACGACAGCGUUGAGACUCUUCGGCUGAAAUGCGGCCUCCUGGCCGACUGGAUACAGGGCGCCCGUCACGUCGUGGUCCACACCGGCGCCGGUAUCAGCACCGCCGCGGGUAUCCCCGAUUUUCGGGGUACAAAUGGUGUAUGGACAUUGGAACAAAAAGGUUUAAAGCCUUCCAUGAACAUUUCCUUUGAUGAAGCAAUUCCUACAAAGACACAUAUGGCAUUGAAAAAAUUGAUAGAGGCCAAAAAAAUAAAAUUUAUCAUAAGCCAGAAUAUAGAUGGAUUACAUCUACGGUCGGGAAUAUCGAGGCAACAUUUAGCAGAAUUGCAUGGAAAUAUGUUUACAGAACAGUGUGAUAAAUGUGGCAGGCAAUUUAUUCGUAAUUUUGCGGCCAAAAGUGUGGGAAAAAAAUCUUUAGAUACUGUAUGCAGAUCAGAACAGAUAGGCGGUCGUCCGUGCCGUGGCCGAAUGCACGAUACUAUUCUUGAUUGGGAGCAUAAUUUACCAGACAGUGAUUUGACAUUGUCUGAUUUACAUUCCAGCGUUGCCGAUCUAAGUAUAUGUUUGGGAACAACGUUACAAAUUAUUCCAAGCGGUAAUCUACCUUUGUACACGAAAAAAUAUGGAGGUCGUCUUGUUAUAUGCAACUUGCAACCAACAAAACAUGAUAAAAAAGCUGAUUUAAUUAUUAAUGGCAAUGUUGAUGAAAUAAUGGUCGCAGUCAUGAAAAAGUUGGGAUUGGAAAUACCGGAACAUGAAAGCACUAUGGAUCCGACACGAAAUCCGGACACAACGUGUAAAGAAAUGGAUUGGACAAUUCCAACCAGCAGAAUAAAAGAGAUGAAUAUGCUGUAUAAAAAGGUGUGCAAGCCCAUGCGAAGGAAACGAAAAACAUUUAUGUACGAGAGAGAGAGACCGGAUAUAAGGGAAACUAAAGCCAGAAAGCAAGCAUUUACAAUGAAGCAAGAAAUCAAAUCAGAAGAUAAUAAAACUACAUCAAAUGAAGUAUGUAAAACUGGAAAUGAUCACAUGAUUAAAAAUCCUGUUAAGAUAGAAGACAAGGUAGAAGAUGUUGAAACAUAUAGAUAUUCGAUGGAGGGCACAACGGAGCAUAACACUGAUCUGCAAAUGAACCAAACAAUGUAGCAAGUUGUAAUGCAGCGAUAAUUUUCCAUUCUAAUGUUUCAAUUAUUCUCAGUGUAUGCUACAGUUACUUAUGAGUGCAUAUCGAAUCAUUCAUUGUAUGUGAGAAAUCCAAAAGUGGAAUAGGUUUGCCGACAUUCAAUAGAAACACUUGGAACAUAUUCAUUGCAUAUUUAAUAUUAAAUAUAGUGUUUUUAAUAUAGUUUCUCUCCAUUUUUUAGCUUUUUAUUUAUA